UCAGGGAACCGAGAGAGAGAGAGAGAGAGAGAGUAAGUAAGUAAAGGGGAAGUCGGGUCGACCCAACCUGACAAAUUAGCGACAGCAAGCAAGCAAGUAUUCAAUGCAUUUAUAUAACACACAUAUACAGGCUGAAAGACAUUUGAUGGAACCCCGUCUGCUAGUCCCAGGACAGAGAGCCGCCUGGUUUCCGCUCCAGGAGACCCCAUGAGAAGCAGGGACGGCAGGGAACCGUGCACGCUUCAGCAUGGCUUCUGCCGACGAGGCUUCAGAAAAGCACUGCUGGGUGUGCUUUGCUACGGAGCGCGAGGACCGGGUCUCGGAGUGGGUGAGCCCUUGCCGGUGUAAAGGCUGCACCAAAUGGAUCCACCAGACCUGUCUGCAGCGCUGGCUGGACGAGAAGCAGAAGGGUAACGGCGCCGGAGGGGUCAGCUGUCCGCAGUGCAGCACGGAGUACAGGAUCGUCUUCCCCAAACUGGGCCCCUUGGUGUACUUCCUCCAGCAAGUGGACCGAGCGCUGUCCAGAAUCAGUCCCUUCUCCGCGGCCGGAGUAGUUGUAGGCACGGUGUACUGGUCAGCUGUGACCUAUGGAGCGGUCACUGUAAUGCAGGUGGUGGGUCACAAGAAGGGUCUGGAUGUGAUGGAGCGGGCAGACCCCCUCUUCCUGCUCAUGGGGCUCCCCACCAUCCCCGUCAUGCUGGUCCUGGGCAAGAUGAUCCGCUGGGAAGACUACCUGCUGCGACUCUGGCAGAAGCACUCGGGCAAGCUGCAGCUGCUCAGCGGCAUCGUGCCAGGUAUAGGGCGCACUGUGCCGCGGGUCCCGGCUGAGGUGGGCGGCGGCUAUGCCAGUGACCACCUGUCCGUGUCUCGCACCCUGUGCGGCGCCCUGGUCUUCCCCUCCGUCGCCAGCCUGGUAGGGAGGCUCCUUUUCCGAAGAGUGCCGUCCAGUCUGCAGCGCACCGUGCUGGGUGGGAUCGCCUUCAUCGCUAUCAAAGGAGCUCUCAAGGUUUAUUACAAACAGCAGCAGUACCUGAUCCAGGCAAACAGGCACAUCCUGAACUACUCCGAGAAAGAGGGGGGAGCGCGGGAGGAGGAGCUCGGAGAGAACGAGGACAGCGGUACUGAAUAGCCAUGCUGUCCCCCUGCGAUUCCAGCUGCUGCAGAGUAUUUAUUAAACCCACUGACUUUUUUUUUUUAAAUUGUUUGGCAUAGCUUUAACUUGAUCUGUGUUGCUGGGUGUGUCCGAAUCCUGGUGCAUGUGGUCUGAUUGUCUGUGUUUUUCUGCAGGUUCCGCUUUGAUUUUUUUUAUAUAUACACUGCAGACCUGUAGACAGGUGCUGGAUGCUCCACAUCCAACAGUUAGGUGUCUUCAGAGAUACUCCGUAGUGAUGGGAACUGGAUGUACUACCCACUCUAACCACUAGGGGGAGCCAAGACACCAAGGGUCGCUGUUAUAUUGGGAGAGGGAUUGUCUGUGUGCAUUGCAAGGACUUGGUGCCCUCACAGCUAUAGGGCCUGUGUCAGUUCUUCAUAAGGUUUUUUUUAACUUUUAAAGUUUUUAUUGCUUGCAUAGGACGUUGGCGAUCCAUGAACAUGUGGAAUUUGCAUUCGUAUAUCUACACGUAAUGGGAAGACCUCAAAAGCUUUAGGUGUCGGUGAAUGUAAUCUUUUUAUUGCUGUUCUUUAAAAGCACAUGUAUAUAGCUCUAUAUUUUGUUGAAACGUACAGAGCAGAAAUAAAUUUCAAUUGUGGCUGUU